UCAGAUUUUUCCAAAAAAAAAAGUCUCUGGGCAUCGGUGCGGGAGAGAGAUGGUGCAGCGCCAGAGGUUCCAUCAACUGAGAAAAGGCGAACCGCAUGCCUUCGAUGAUGAAGAGGGGCAUGGCAGGAAGAAGCCCAAGCUUUUCUACCUCCUUCUCCUCCUCUCUCUUCUCUCUUGCAGCUUUGUAGUGGUCCCUCAGCUGUUCGGUUCUAGUAGCCACUCUCUCUAUUCUUUCGGCGGGGACAGGGAAGGCGGGCGCGAGGACUACAAUGCGAACGCCCCUCCCUGUUCUUCAAUGUCUAAUGGGACCAUAUGCUGCGAUAGGAGCGGCUUUCGCUCUGAUGUAUGCAUCAUGAAAGGGGACGUAAGGACACACUCUCCCUCUUCUUCAGUCUUCCUUUAUCUUUCGAAACAGCCAGGCGGGUUCGAUGAGUUCAUCUCAAGCGUUCACAGAGUGGCCGGAGGCCACGACGACGAGGAACUCCAGCAUGAAAAGAUAAGGCCCUACACGCGAAAAUGGGAGAACAUUGUCAUGGAUAAAAUUGAUCAGCUUGACCUUAUUGUGAAGAAAGAUACCAUGGGCGCUCACCAUCGGUGUGACGUCUGGCACGAUGUUCCCGCUCUACUCUUUUCAACUGGAGGCUACACGGGUAACCUCUACCAUGAAUUCAAUGAUGGGAUAUUGCCGCUGUACAUUACUUCACAGCAUUUCAAGAAGGAGGUCGUGUUUAUCAUCCUUGAAUAUCACCAUUGGUGGUUUACGAAGUAUGAGAACAUCGUUUCUCGCCUCUCAAACUAUCCGCCUAUCGACUUUAGUGGAGAUAACAGAACCCAUUGCUUCCCGGAGGCCAUUGUUGGUCUGAAAAUCCAUGAUGAGUUCACUGUGGAUCCAUCACUGAUGAAGGGAAAUAAGAGCAUCCUCGAUUUCAGACACUUCCUUGACAGUGCUUACCAGUACCGGAUAAAAGGUUCAAUGCCAGACAAGGAGCGAGGGAUACAGCUGAAACUGAAUCAAUCGGCUUCAGUGCCAGCUUCAGGGCAAUUGAUGAACAUUAAUAAAAACGACCAGAAACACCAGUUGAAGAAACCGAAGCUAGUAAUAAUAUCGCGAAGUGGGUCGAGGGCAUUAGUUAACGAGGAUUGCUUGGUUACAUUGGCAGAAGAGGUGGGGUUCAGAGUAGAAGUUUCGAGGCCUGGUCGAACGACUGACCUGGCAAACAUGUAUCACCUACUUAACGAGAGCGAGGUUAUGGUUGGUGUACACGGGGCCGCUUUGACCCACUUCCUCUUCCUGAAGCCUGGUUCCGUGUUCAUCCAAGUCAUUCCUUUAGGGACAGAUUCGCCAGCUGAGGCAUGCUUUGGCAAACCUGCAAGAGAGCUCGGUUUGAAGUACAUUGGCUAUAAGAUUUUGCCUAGAGAGAGCUCGCUGUAUAACGAAUACGACAAAGGCGACCCCGUCCUUACAAAUCCAAAGACCGUAAAUAAGAAGGGAUGGCAAUACACUAAGGAGAUCUAUCUCGAGAGACAGAAUGUCAGCCUGGACAUGACGAGAUUCCACAAGCGGCUGCUUCAAGCUUAUGACUAUUCCUUCAAGAAAAUAAACGGUCAAAUUAGCUACAGUCAAACCACCAAGUUGUUCAACCUUUGCUAACUACUUCGUUCUCUUCGCCUUCCUUAAAUAAUUGCUGGUUUUUUUUCCAAUUGACUUAAUGGUUGAAACUUGAGUAAGUAUUCUCAUCUGUAAAUCAGCUUUUCAGGUUCAUAACAAGCUUCUAAAGGAGGCAUUUUUAACAGUUUGGUGAAUUGGAUGACUUGUUAAAGAUGCCGCUCUGUCCCUUCAUUUGUGUUUUCCUGACAAUAGGAGUUUUGGGUAAAUCUAAGGCAAUGGU